AACUUCUGUUCGAACAAACCUGGCCUGCUGUCCGGGCCAGUGAUUUUGAAAAGGUGGCAACACUAUUUGUUCCACCUCGUGCGACGUGUGUUAGUAUUCGGUAUCAUGGCUACUUCUGGUGCAUGUGCGAAGCAUUCUUCCGAGGUUUGGAAAUAUUUUAAGAAAAACAAGAAAGGUGACAAGGCUCAGUGUUCGGUUUGUCUUAAAUGGCUUAAAGUUACUGGCAACACCACGAAUUUCAUGCAGCAUUUGAAUCGCCAUGGAAAACUACUCCGACAUAAAAGAAGUCACGAGGAAAUAGACAAACUGGAAGACCAGGCUGAAGUUGACAACUACCAGAAUGGCCUAAAUAGGCUUAGCAGCGCAUGUUCGUCAACGUCGUUGUCUACACAGUCAACAAUCAACGAAUGCUUUAACCGAUUGUCUGAUUUUACUGCUGUAUCUAUAUGCCUUUGCUUAGGAGGACGUAAGGCUGAAGCAAUCACGAAGGCACUAACUUUAUGGUUAGUAAAGGAUAAUCGUCCUGUAGAUAUUUUGAGCGGAGAAGGGUUUAAGAAGUUCUUGGCAACAGUAGCAACAAGAUAUCAAGUUCCACAUCGGACAACGAUUACAAAGCACAUAGACAGUUAUUAUGAAGCUGCAGUUAAAUACAUGUGGAAUAAAUUUGCCAAUAUAAAAUUUUGUGCACUGACUUAUUUCAAACAUACAUCAUACGUGCUAGGAAUGACUUAUUUAACUCAGUCACACACAGCUGAAUACUUGUGUUCUGUGCUGAAGGAGUUGAUUGUUUUUUGGGAAAUAGACAAAUCUAAUAUUGUAGCUUGUGUUACAGAUAAUGCUGCAAAUGUUAAGAAAUCUAUUGAACUAUUUAUUGGUAAAGAAAAGCAUGUUUCUUGCUUUGCACAUACAUUAAAUUUGAUGGUGCAAGGUUCCUUAAGACAAGAACCUGAACUGAACAUAAUAUUAGACAAGGUAAAGUCAAUAAUCACAUUCUUUAAUCAAAAUAAAAAUGCAACACAGGAGCUUGAAAAGGAACGACUAAGAACAAACUCAUCACAGAAUGAAAAAGGUUCUGUGACAUUAAAAUUAAUUCAGCAUGUUGAGACUCGAUGGAAUUCGUAUUUCUUGAUGAUUGAGAGAUUUGUACUACUAAAAAAUUUUGUUACACUAACAUUGCAAAAGUUUCCAGGGGCACCCGACAUGCUCUCUGGUAGAGAAUUAAGUGCUUUG